UUAAUGCGACGCUUUAAGCUUUGUGGACAUUGGCAACACUAACCAACAUAGAUCUACAGGAAAAUUAAUUUUGGCGUCAAGAUGAGUUUGACCCAUGGUCAGUUGCUGGUCCACUGUAUCCAGGUACUGGAUACUUACAACGGUGACAUGCAGUCGGUGGAGGAACACGUCAACAAAUACCUGAAAAAUAACCAGAUCUAUGAUGACAGUGAUCAGACUUUUAUUGUGGAAGUUUUCUCAGAGUGUGUCAGGUAUGCCAACCUAAUGCAAGUCGUUUUGGAUGGGUUCUAUGCCAAGGAUGGAAAGAAAACUCUCCGAUCAGAACAAAAUCUCUACACAGUUGUAUGUUAUCUUGCCCUUUUUCGAUUGGAUGAACUUGGAAUGGCUCAUUUCAGGAAGUUUGUGGCAUCUCAAGACAUAAACAGGAUGUACAGAUUCCUGAACUUUUUCCUGGAUGAGAAGAAUUUAUUAUCUUGGAUUAGGGAUGGAUGGGAGAAAUAUUAUGAACAUGUGUUUGUGGAAAGCAACAUGAUCUCCUCUAUUCAGAGGUGGAUGCCAGAACUGCAGGAGAUGAUUGGUCAGAUGAAGGAUAAAAUAGCAAACCGACUCAAACCCAAACGGAAAAACUUGCCAACCACAGAAACCAAACCUUUCAACAUUACCCAGCCUCGGCCUAGAAGCAUUCCUAUACCAGAACCGAUACCCAAACUGGCCAAACACAAGCCUGCACCUAAAACACUGUACUCAGAACCCAGGGAAUUCGAUAAAAUCAAGAAAUCCAAGGAAUCUAACAGAAGAAUAGCAGAGGAGAGACUUAUGGAGGCCUCCAGAAUCCAAUUCGCCUGUGCCAACCCUGAAAAAUCCCAGAAAACCAAGGAAAUUUUAAACAAUAUCAUCAGCGAGGAGGAAGCCAAACUAGAGUUUGAGAAACACAGGGCCAAUCGUCCACCCUCAUUCCUGUCGUCAGCUUCAUCAAGUCGGUCUUCCGUGCGGAGACUGACGGCCAAGGAGAGAAGUCAACUUUACAGUCGAGAAGUUCCGAUCAAAAUGACAACAGCCACUAUUUUACGUGAGGGAAAUUUAUACAGAAAGAAAGAAGCUGAAGAAAUCAGAAAAUGGGAAAACCUAGAAGCUGGAGCCAAGGAUGCCAGCGAUUUUCUAAAAUGGCAGUCAGAAAUGCGACAGAAAGAUUUGGAGGAGGAACUUGCUGAGAUAGAGCGUAGGCGAUUACAAGGCAAGCUCAGUCACGAGGAAGCCAUAUUGGCUAGGCAGGAUCUCAUUCUGGAAAAUAAACAGAAAGUCAGAAAUAUGAAGGAAGAGACAAAGAAAAUGAUGCAAGAGUAUUUGCAAAAGAAAUUCAGUGAAGAAAAAGAAGUGCGGCAAUUAGUGGAGGACACAAUGCAGGGACACAAGAAUGCAAAGGAGGCCACUAAAAAACUACAGGAAUAUAAACGGAAAAUAGUUCAAGAAGUCAAUGAAGAAAGUAAAGAGUUGAUGAAACAAGCAUUAGAAGAGGCCGAGGAGGAAAUGAGACGACGAAUGGAGCUCAUCCAUCAGAUCAGAGCAAUGGAAGCCGUGCCGAUUAUCCGACAGAAAUUCGUGGAUCUGACGGCCACAUCUGGUCAUGGUCUUCUGAGUGAAAUGUCCAUUGCUGAGCUGAGAGAAAGGGUAGCUUUACUGAAGACAGCAGAAAAAGAAACAGAGGAACAGAGGAGAGAUGAAAUUCUGACAGCCAAACAGGAAAAGGAUCAGAUGUUAUUGGAGACAUUAGAAACAAUAUCUAAACACCGACUAGAACAGACCAAGUCUGCUGCUGUCAGAUUUGAAUGCAAGAAGAAAGGCCUGAUUCCUAAGAAGCCAGAAAUCAAGGACCCCAAACUCCAGGAGUUGGAGAAGAAACUCGAAGAAAGGAAAGCUCAAAGAAAGAAAGAACAGGAAAAAUCUAAACUGGUACCCAGCAAACAGUCCCUGAACCAGACAAGGAGUCUGAUCAAUCAGAAGAGAGCAUUGGAGGAGAGUAGAUGGAGGGAGCUGGAGAUGACCCAGGAGCGAUCUGCCCGCCUGGUGGGGGGUGGAGUCGUUAAGAGUCAGUCUGCCUCACGAUUAGCAACCUCAUCAGCCAUCAUGGCCUCAUAGUCUCCAUGUCAUAACUGGGGGGAUUUAAAAGUGACUGCUGCCAGCCUAAAAUUUAUCUGUGAUAUAUCAAAGGCAGAUACACUUUUUGUAUAGUUGGCAGAAAAAUGUUCUCACUGAUGGCUGAAUGAAUAGCUGGAAGUUGACAGUAUUUAGAUCACCAUGUUCUGUUUUAAAAAACAUUGCUGAAAUGAAAUGCAAUUUAGUGGAACAAAUAUUUUUAAUUUAAUUAUUUUUAUAAAGGCUGUUGUACUGAUUAUAUACAUCUUGU